AAAUAUGUAAUUUUCAACUCAAAUAGAAAAUCAAUGCCAAAUAUUAGUAUUUUCAAUAUUAUAUUUUUAUAGGUUAAUUUUUUACUUUAGGACUAAAUUAAAAAGUGAUAUAUUUUAAAUUAUUUUUAUUAAUUUCUAAUCAUGGGUGAACUAGCCUAUUUAGAAUCUCUUGUACCAGUUAUAAAUGAAAAUGAAGAUAUUAUACACAAGUUAUAUCCGGCGUUAAUAGAAUGUUUUGCAGUUAUAAUAUGCGGAUAUUUGGCAGGUCGUAUGAAUCUCAUUUCGGAAACAGAAGCUAAGGGUUUGAGCACUUUCGUUGGAACAUUUGCACUUCCAGCUCUGAUAUUCUUAUCGUUGGCCGAGUUAGAAUUGAGCGCUGUGAAUUGGUACUUUUUAGGAUCCGUGCUCUUAGCCAAGGCUUUGGUCUUCCUUGCAGUAUCAGUAGUCACCACUUUGGGAGCACGCCCUGUCAAUAUAGGAAGGGCAGGACUUUUCGCCAUAUUCUGCACGCAGAGUAACGAUUUUGCUAUCGGUUACCCCAUAGUGGUUGCUUUGUACCAAACAUGUCAUCCAGAAUAUCCAUCUUAUUUAUAUCUGAUGGCACCCAUUUCUUUGAUAAUUCUAAAUCCGAUCGGAUUUGUACUAAUGGAAAUCCACAAAAGACGAAUGGCCAAUCAGAAUUAUUCAUUGGAUUCGCCAACAGAUUUACCUCCUAAACAAAACAAAUUAACUACGACAUUUUCUCUCAUAAAAAGUGUCUUCUUUAAUCCUGUUGUCAUGAUGACCGCAUUGGGGGUUAUAGGCAAUUUUGUUUUUAAGCAUCAACUACCAGAUUUUUUAUCUGGGAUACUUAAGGUACUAGGUUCUUCCUUCUCAGCAACAGCUCUCUUUUUAUUAGGUCUGAGGAUGGUAGGUAAAGCGCACACACUCCAAGGAAAAGCUUUACUUUUACCAGGAAUUUUAAUCAUAAUGAAGUUACUAGUUUUACCAGUAGUAACACGUGAAGUAGUGAGCGUUCUUAAUGUGGGAACAAAUUCGAGUGAUACUUUAGAUUUAAGUACGUUUGGAUUUCUCUAUGGAACCUUUCCGGCAGCACCCGGAGUUUUCGUUUUUGCAACGCAGUAUAACAUCGAUGUCGAUCUGAUCGCUAGUUCGAUGGUGGCUUGCACCUUCAUCAGCGCACCGCUGAUGUUCAUAUCGGCGAAGAUGAUAACAUUGUCCAAUUUGAAUCCUAAUGAUUUCAUAAAUGAAAUCGAAUCUUAUGUUUUCGAUCUGAGUAUUGCUGCAAUAAUAGCCUGUGCUUGGCUUAUGAUACUUUUCGUGCUAUCUAAGAAAUACAAAAGACUGCCGCACAGGAUUACUUGUUGCUUGAUCAUAUCGCAGGUCUUCACAGCUGUUGGCAUUAUCCUCUGGUCCACAUUAGAUAGAUCAUCAGAAUGGAAUUUAUCAAUACAGUUCGUUUUACUAACUGUAGGAAUAUACAGCAGUCGCUUAUGGACAACUUUUCUGGCAGUUGUUAUGCUUCUCUUGCACAUGAGAAGCCUUUGCUUCAUCUUAAGACUUCAAAUACCAUUCGUAUUGUUGGGAUGGGGAGUACCAGUGGUAGUGGCUAGUAUUUUGUUAUUAUUUGAUAAGGACAACGUCUUGAAUAAAGAGAAGAAAAUUCCCAAUUUCCAAUUUGGAGAACCCCAUGCCGCGAUUGCUGUCUCAUUGCUUGUUUUCUGCUUCAUAGUCACUGUCGGGUGUUUAAUACUGCUUCAAAGAUACACCAAACGUAGAGCUCGGUAUUUGACUCUAUCGAACGAUGUUGCUGCCUCAAAUAAUGCCAUACAAAACCUAGAGGCCGUGAGUCAAGCCGCUGAUGAUCAACAAAGAAAUUCGAGAAACUCCUACAGACCUUUUCCUGAAAAUCCGCAAUCUUGUUCGAAUAAUAACGGCUGCUGUGGCGAAGGAGGAGAAAAUAGUUGCAAUGGAAAAAAUACGAAUCCAAAACGUGUUAUUGACAUAGAAGAUCUAUCGAGAGGAAAUACCCAGAGAAAUAUUGUGGACACUGCACAAAAUUCUACAUGUCCAUCGGCAGUCGGUUGUGGAGGCAACAGUGAUCGUGAAAAUUGCCAAGGUGCGAUUUCAAAUUAUACUGAUCACGAUGGGGAAGGUGUUGAUCCAAUUGAAAUAGAUGAAAACUAUAGUGGCGACCAACAAAUUUUAAGGCAUUCAGUUCUGCUGAUAUUGCUUCUAUGUUCUAUGUUUAUUGGAAUAUCCAUUACUAUUUGGACCUUAGUUAUGGAACAGUUGAGUGGCAUCUAUGUAGAACUUUCAUUUUUGGAUGCAACACUUAACUUUGGACAAGCUUUGCUAAUUUUUGCCGUUUUUGGUUUGGAUACAAAGGAAAUUUUAUUGCCCAUAUUAAAAUUAUGGAGAACACUCUGGUAUGGUGCAAACAUACUGAAUCUGCCACGGUUAGAGGAUCUGAGCGAAGAAACAAAACAUAUAUGCAGCCAGUUCACUAAGCAUCAUCUUAAAAGAUGCUGUCAGGCUAUUGCAAAAGACACUAGGUGGCGCAUCAAGAUCUACAAAAAAGUAUUCAAAGGCUCAGAUUUUGUGGACUGGCUAAUUAAUGUUGGCUUGGCCAGGGACCGAGUUGAAGCUAUCAAUUAUGCAAAGCAUUUAAUCGACGGUCGAAUACUGCGGCAUAUUAACAAUGUUCAUCAUUUCUACGACAGAUCUUUAUUGUAUACAUUUACAUCGGUACAAUAAAUCUACCGACACAGUCACCUUCAUUUUAAACACUCACAAAUAAAGAUGAUUAUAUGUAUAUACUG